UCCGCCCCUUCGAGGUGGCUCGUGGUCUCUAAAAGCUUUCGUCACGUGCUAGUCUAGUCUGUUUCGUUGAAAGGUGUGAGUGUUCAUAUCGUCUGCCAGGAGCUCAGGUGCCGAGCCUGAACUACACACUAUGUCGCCUGGUAAAUAACGGAAUAUUUCUUUCACAACAUUUUCUCGUGAAAUAUUUUGUUUGGCUGUUACUAGUUUGUAAACCCACUAGUAUGGACUAAUUAAAUUAGUGCAUGGAUGUUGUGGCGUGUUGAUACUUGUGUCCGAGUAAACUAGGACAACACAACUGACCACAUCACGGAGUACACAUCGUGAGCCGUGUCGCGGGAUUAGCGCUGCAUGUGUCUGUCUUGUGUUCAAAUCCCAAGUCAACUGUUCGGAUAGACAUACAUCUUAAGCCCUCGUAUCCUUGGUUUAGGAUGCAGUCUACGUGUGGACCUUUGGACUCGUCUCAGUUUCUCCGUGACAUUCUCCACACCAAAGCCAGCUACAAGUCCCAGCUCAAGGCCAGUAACGCCAUCUACAGCUCCGAUUGCAGCAGUGAGAUGAUCUCCCCCUUGCUGCACAGCAAGUCUAGUGACAUGGCCUACAACUCGCGCGAUAACGACAACGACUUGGAUAACGAGAACGACGAUAUAGAAAUCGCCACGGACAAUAACUCGUGUAUAAACGAUGGCGACCAGUCCGAUGACCUUGACGAGAGGUCACUGGACGCGACCACCCACGAUGACGUGUUAAAAUCAGACGAGCUACAGAUGGGCGACAGUAAAGAAGCCAAACGGGCCCAUGUAGACAAUAUACUAACCAGCAUGAGGCAGUCCCCCCACCAGGACACAAUGGACUCGUCCGGUAGUAUUUUGACUGGUGACGUCAAGCGCCAAAAGCGGAAACAGCCCCAGCCCCAACAGCACGAGAGUAGCGUGCUGCACUCGGAGGAGUUGGCCAUCCAGAGGCAGAUACAGCACCUGCAGGAACAGAUGCAGGCGGUCAAGCGGAAGCGGGAGGAGGAGGACCUGUGCGGGAGCCUGGACGACGACACGGAGGAUGAGGUCACCAGCAAGCCCUCCAGCCCCGUCAACGGCGAGACCAAACGGGCACGGGUCGAGCACAUCCUCAGCUCCAUGAGGUCAGGGUCACCGCGACUGGACAACGGCUACGACUACACCAACGGCAUCUCGCCCGGCAGCGAGUGCGGCAAACGGCAGAAGCGGAAGCAGACGCAGCCGCAGCAACACGACAACAGCAAAAGUGACACGAUUAAACACAACAACAACAACCAGUCGUUCGGGUCUAAAAACUUAAAUGUCAACGAUGAUACGAUCCCCGCAGACGAUCCAGUUAAUGAGAACAAUAAUACCAACGGACUUUUCGGUCCAGACCCGUUAUUUCGCAACAGUUUAUACCGUGGCUUAGGCGAGAAAGAAUUUCUUCCUCCAUUUCACAACGGGUUCGACCCUCAGUUCUAUCGGGACAACUUGUUUAGGCAUAGUUUCUUCAUGAGGCCAGACCUGGAGACCAUGGCACUCAGACACGCCACCAAGGCACUGCAGUCACGACACGAUCUCGGCCUCUUGACCGAUGGUCAGCAGAGACCCUCUCCCGUGGAUCUUACUAAAAUAGCCAACGCCCUGAAGGCCGAGCUGACCCAGGCGGUCAACAAGGCCAUCGAGAGCGCCGUGACCAAGGUACUGACCGACAAACAGCUGCAGCAACAGAGCGAGACCCCGUCCCACACCGACCUCCCCCAGCACCCGGACCGGAACCCACCUCAGCCAAAACACCAGCGCCCGCCCUCGGCUCUUCCACAUUUUAUGCACCAACACCAACAACAGAUCCACCAUCAUCAGCAACAACAACAACACCAGCAGCAUCACCACCAGCCACACCAGCCUCUACCAGUUAAUCCGUUACCGGAACGAGAAAGCCUGAAAGAAUCCGGCAACAACUCCGACAAAAAGCCGGAACUGAUCGUGCCUUUUAGCGAACAUCUCCACUUCCUGGAGAGGUUCGGCAACCGGCUACAACAGGACAAGCUGAGCGCCUUCGAGCCCCACCACAAGGGGGAGAGCGAGCUGAUCACCCCACACACUGGGCCCUCCCUGCCCUUCCCCCCACACUUCCCCUACUACCUCUCCUCCCAGGUCUUGCCGCCCCUCUACACCGGGGAGCCUGAGCAAACGGAGGCUCUUCCUCUAAUCGUCAACACCCCCAAGAAAAAACGCACCAAGGUGACCGACACCCGCUUGAGCUCCCCCCGGGGCAAGCCCGGGCUGCUCCAGGACAACACCCCCAGCUCCAGCAUGGACCACAACGACGCCCAGCGCCACCUGGCGGCGGCCUUCCCCCACUUCCUGCCCCCUGUCCUCCCCACGAGUGUGGCCAUCACCAACCCCUCCCUCAGCCAUUCAGACCUGCUGGCGCUCAGACUUCGAGAAGCUUCUUACGCCGACUCCCGCAUCCCCAGCCCACAGGACCACUCGCGGAGCUCCCCCCGCUCCCCCAGUGACUCGCCCCACUACAUGAGCAGCAUGUACGACAGGUCCAACAUGAGCGACAUGAUGGACGGCAGCAGCCCCGGCGUAGUUUGCCACCUUAACUCAGCUCACACCACGACCUUGACCCCCAUGCACCUGCGCAAGGCCAAGCUGAUGUUCUUCUACACCCGCUACCCCAGCUCGUCCAUCUUGAAACUCUACUUCCCCGACGUCAGCUUCAACAAGAACAACACGGCCCAGCUGGUCAAGUGGUUCUCCAACUUCCGGGAGUUCUUCUACAUCCAGAUGGAGAAGUUCGCCCGUCAGGCGCUGGCCGAGGGCUGUAAACACGCCGAGGACCUUGUGGUCACCAUGGACUCGGAGCUCUUCCGUCACCUCAACCUGCACUACAACAGGAACAACCAGAUCGAGGUUCCCCACAACUUCCUGGCGGCGGUGCAGGCGGCCCUGAAGGAGUUCUUCAAGUCCAUCCAGUCCAACAAAGACGCCGAGCCCUCCUGGAAGAAAGCCAUCUACAAAAUCAUCGCCCGGAUGGACGAGACGUUGCCGGACUUUUUCAAGUCUCCCAACUGGAUGGAACAGCUGGGCGACCAGUGAAAGGUCAUGACCUUGACCGCGUGUGGGAAGCACAAACACACACACGCUGAAAAACUCUAAGAUUCGACACGUGGGAUGACCUCAGGAAGGAAAUGGUCAAUGGCAACUGGAGAAGGCUCGACUGUGAUAGAAGUUGUUUGGGGCCUGUGUGGCGCCCAUGGCUCUGUGUUGUAUCAUCAAAUGUUUUGUCUUUGUUGAUGUGUGCACUGGUGGUAUACCUGCAGUAUAUUGGUGGUAUACCUGCAGUAUAAAGUGGUAUACCUGC